AAAUAAACGAAUUCUAAUGUUUAACUUAUGGAAAAUAAACUAACAUCACAUACAUAGCCUUAUUCUAUUUUCACUCGGCCUACUUUAAUUUAAAAUUUUAAGAAAAAAACUAUAGAACACAUACAUUUAUUCAAUUUAGAUUUUAAUACAAUUCAGAUCAUGUAAAAAUUACAAAAUUAGUGCUUUCACUGGGGUUUAAUUAAAAAAAUUUGUUUUUUUUUCUAUAUUUAUUUAUUUUUGUUUGACAUCGACGGUAUGUAAGGAAGUAUAGUUAUUGUGGAUUUUUUUGCUUGUUUAAACAAUUUUUAGGAAAAUCACUCCGUUAAAAUUUAAUUAAGAUAUGUUAAAAAAAAAUUGUCAAGAACAAGAAAGAACAAAUUAAAAAUAACAUAUUUCUUCAAAAAAAAAAAAAUUAAAAUUAACAUAAUAUUUAAAAAACUCUAAAGAUGUCUGAGCCCGGGUUCGAACCGGGGACCUCUAGUGUGUGAGACUAGCGUGAUAACCGACUACACCACCCAGACUUGCAUGUCUAAUUUUCCAUUGAUAUAAAAAUUAUAACAAAUAAAUGUUUUCAUUUGAAAUUAUUAAGAUAGAAAAUAGCGGGGUUUUUUUCGCUCUACAAAAACAUGAAUAUAAAAACCCCAAAUUAAUUUCCAUAAAACCCUAACAAUUUACAAAAACUCCACCAAAUUUCUGAUCAAAUCUUUCUCUCUCCUCGACGAAAAUGGCGAUUGAGAAGAGACCAGUGUGUGAAGAGAACGAUGCGCUGGUUGCGUACAUGCGACAAUGGCGGAAUGAAAGGAUGGAGAAAAAUCCCCAAGCUCAUACCCAAAAUAUUGAGAAAACUGUUAAAAAAGCUCUCAUUAGUGUUUGUGAUCAUAAAGCCCCCAUUACUACUCUCAAGGAAUUUAAAGCAAUUAAGGGUAUUGGGAAGUGGCUUGCGAAUGAGAUGCAAGGAUUUUUCAACAGUAAUUCUAAUGCUUCUCAAGAUGAUAAUUUGGCGAAUGGAGGUAAGAAGGCUAAAGCCCCCAGAAGGUAUAUACCACAUAAAAACUCUGUUGCUUAUGCAUUGUUGAUCUCUUUACAUAGGGCAACUACUAAUGGAAAAGAAUUUAUGCAUAAGCAAGAGCUGAUUGAUACAGCUGAAGCUAGUGGUCUCUCACGAGUGCCAAUAGCGCCAGAAGCAGGCAGAGGUAAGCAGAAGCAAUUUGGUAGUUCCCCUAGGGAUUGGUAUAGUGGAUGGAGUGCAAUGACGACAUUGGUUGACAAAGAUCUUGUAUAUAAGAACAGUUGUCCGGCAAAAUAUAUGUUAUCUGACAAGGGUCGUGAAGUAGCGCUCGAGUGUUUGUCUCGAUCAGGUAUGCUUGAUUCUGCUGCAAAUGUUAGCAACACAGAAGAAGCUUCAAUUUCAGAUGACGAAGAAGAGAUUAUGGAGCUUGUAGCUACUGUUUCACCCACAUCUCCUCAUCAGAACAAGGGCAUGAAAGAUGAUAUUCCUUUGGAGUUUCUUGAGAGGGAUUCUCAGGGAAAAAAGGCUAGUCAACCUGCUUGCCAAACCAGUCCAGUUGAUCUUAGACUGCCACCACUUGAAGUACUGCAGAAGUUCGAAGAUACAUACGAAAUCGUCUUGAUUUUGGAUGACCGAGAACACUUUGCCAAGACAAAGUCAAGAAAUCUUAAAGAAAAGAUCUUUGAGGAAUAUAAAAUUCAAAUAGAGGUCAGACGUUUGCCCGUUGGAGAUGCUAUCUGGAUUGCACGUCAUAAAAAAGAUUCCACUGAAUAUGUUCUUGAUUUCAUUGUUGAGAGGAAAAAUGUUGAUGACCUACGUAGUUCAAUAAGAGAUAACCGCUACAGGGAUCAGAAGUUGAGACUUCAGAGAACUGGAAUGAAGAAGAUUAUAUAUUUGGUGGAAGGUGAUCCUAAUGCUUGUGAAGGAGCUGAUAGCAUUAAAACUGCUUGCUUUACUACAGAGAUCUUGGAGGGGUUUGAUGUGCAAAGAACAACAAGCCUGGUUGAUACUCUUCACCGAUAUGGCUGUUUAACUCUGGCAAUUACUGAUCACUAUAAACUGAUUUCAUCAGCUGAAGGAUGCAAAACCGCAGGUGUUUGUCCCAAGUAUAACAAGUUUAUCAAAACAUGUGAAGAUGCUGAUAAGCUGACAGUUAGUGAUGUUUUUGCCAUACAGCUCAUGCAGGUUCCUCAGGUGACUGAGGAGGUUGCCAUGGUUGUCUUGGAAUGUUAUCCUACUCUCUUCUCUCUUGCUCAUGCAUAUGCUGAUUUAGAUAAGGAUAAGGAUAUUGUUGCGCAGCAGGAGUUGCUGAUGAAGAAAAGUGAGGGUGCAGUCAGUGCUGCUGCUAGUAGAAAUAUCUACCGCUUUGUAUGGCAAGAUUAGUUGGAACCUCCUUUUGAUGCAAACAAAUUCUGGGAUAGUUCAAGCUAACUAUGUAUUUAUAUCUGUUGAAGCUCACUGCCCAGAGAAGGUUGUCAUUUAGUACUUAGGUAUGAUGACUGGAAGUUCAAUUAUUGUAUGCUUCCAUCUUUUACAGUACACUAGUUUGUGUUUAGGAAGGGUAGACCUAGAAUGUCUGAAUUAUUAGUCUAACUUGGUUAUUUUGUGAUUAAUAUUACUCGUAGUUUUUAGGGCAAGUCCUAUUUGCCUUAGAGAAACACACCCUUCAUUUUUAUUUAAGUGUUUAGUAUUGACUUUGACACUAUUUAUAUGCACCUUUUCGACCAAUGUUUGUACGUCAUACAUGAGAUUAUAUAUA